UCCCCACUAUAGAGUUGCAGUAAUGAUGUGGUAGGUGCUUCUGUCGCAUCUACUGGGAUCUGCUGGGAGCAUAGGAGCAUGGUCAGUAAGCGGAGAGUUGGCAGCUUUAGAGGAAAGGAGUCCAGUUGAUCGUCCUUUAUUUGCAUUUCUCUUUGUGAGGUGGUACCAAGGGGAGGAUAAGGAAGCAAAAUUCAAUGCAGGAAGUAAAAGUGAUGGUUGCACGAGAAGGCAAACAAGCCACUGGCCUUUGCAGCGAGGAGAAGAGUCCAGCUGAAGCGAUCAGCGAUCCUUAAGAUGGCCCUCGGCGGCUCCUCGGAGCCUCUCUUGCAGCAGGAGGAGCCGGACGAGGACAGCGGCGGCGGCAGCAGCAGCAGCAGCAGCCAGGAGCCUCCGUUCCUCUUCCGAGCCCUCCGGAUCGCCACGGUGGUCUCGCUGUACUGGUUCAUCUCCAUCACCAUGGUCUUCCUCAACAAGUACCUGCUGGGCAGCCCUUCGCUGCGCCUGGACGCCCCGCUCUUCGUCACUUUCUACCAGUGCCUGGUCACCGUCCUCCUUUGCAAAGCUCUGAGCCUGCUGGCCUCCUGCUGCCCGCCGGGCUACGUGGAUUUCCCCUCCAUCCGCAUGGACCUCAAGGUGUCCCGCAGCGUCCUGCCCCUCUCGGUGGUCUUCAUCGGCAUGAUCACCUUCAACAACCUGUGCCUCAAGUACGUCGGCGUGGCCUUCUACAACGUGGGCCGCUCCCUCACGACGGUCUUCAAUGUGCUGCUCUCUUACGGGCUGCUCAAGCAAACCACCUCCCUCUAUGCGCUUAUGGCCUGCGGAGUCAUCAUCGGUGGCUUCUGGCUUGGUAUAGAUCAAGAGGGAGCAGAAGGGACUCUGUCCUGGGCCGGCAUAAUUUUUGGUAUCUUAGCUAGUCUCUGUGUUUCUCUGAAUGCUAUCUACACUAAGAAAGUCCUGCCUGCUGUGGAUGGCAGCAUCUGGCGCCUGACAUUCUACAAUAACAUCAAUGCCUGUGUAUUGUUCCUGCCCCUCCUGUUGCUCUCCAAUGAGUUCUAUACCCUGUACCACUUUGAUAAACUGGGAAAUGUCAACUUUUGGGGUAUGAUGACCCUAAGUGGGCUGUUUGGCUUUGCCAUUGGCUAUGUGACAGGACUGCAAAUAAAAUUUACCAGCCCACUCACACACAACGUGUCUGGAACAGCAAAAGCGUGUGCUCAGACGGUACUGGCUGUCUGCUAUUAUGAAGAAACCAAGAGCUUCUUAUGGUGGACUAGUAACAUGAUGGUUCUAGGUGGCUCCUUUGCCUACACUUGGGUGAAAGGGGUGGAGAUGAAGAAAGUGCAGAUGGAACCUCCUCCGAAAGCAAAUGAGAAGAAUGAUGCUGGUGUCUAAAUUCCUCCAGCCACUACCUUACUUUGCACAUGUACUGCAUCUGUGCAGGCACAGAGUGGUGUCUGACUGGGAAGAAAGCCAAGGGAUAGAGACGUCAAGGUAGAAGAAUCUUGCAGCAGCAAAUAUGUUGUAAGAGAUGGAAAUGGAAAGGCAAGCCAUAGUCUUCUACACACACAGGGUGUUUGCUACAUUAAGUAUGGUGAAAUGUUCACAAACUGUUUCCUAUGAAGAAGUUGGUUGGUGAGGGUGGGUGUGUCGGUGAGGGUGGGUGAACUCAGCUACAGGCCUCUGUUGAUUCCUGUGUUCCUGAAGAAAUGGUCACUAGCUAGGCACUCAUUUUUCCCCCUUGAUAAAGAAGAGAUCUAUUAAAAACAAUGAAUAAGAGCCUUUAAAGAAGACAAUCCUGGCUCUUCAUGCCCUGAGUGGAGAAUGGUCUCUCUCUGGAUACAUCUGUUUUUCUGCCUUCUCAUUUUACAAAACACAUUUGCAACUGAGUGUUCUGGCGAAGUGGAGGUGUGUAUACUGAGCAAUGAGUUCUUGCACAGCUAACAAUGUCAAAAGUUGGUGAGCGGCUCUCCUGUCCCUGAAGGGCAAAUUUGUAUCAAGAAAGAUAAGAUUGCAACUCACUGUGCAGCAACAAGAUGGGUUAAUUUGGGCACACUGCAGUGUACACAUCUGGUUAAGUGAGAGUUACAGAGCAUUUUUGCCAGUGUCCUUUGUUUAACAAGUUUAAGGGGAAUAUCCUUCCUUUGCCCAAAAAUUGUACUGAGAGUGAUCAUGUGAUCACGAUUUAAAAUUCACUGAGAAAAUCUUCUACCUUGGUACAAUAUACUGUCUUCUCCAGAGUGAGUAAUGGAAUAGACCUGUAGCCUGAUUUGCAUUUCAUAGACUCUGAGGAAAAUAAAAUGGCUGCAUGCCCUGGCUAUUCAAAGGAGUAGAAUUUUUUGUUAUUGUUGUUAAAUGUACACUCUCGGUUACUGAGUGAGGCUUUGUGGGCUCCAGGAGCCCAAAUCUCUCUAGAAUGUUUCAGUCCUUUUGCCUUGUUGCCUUUUGUAUUUUUACUGUGGAGCCCAUCCUUAUCUUACAUCUCUAGUUUUGCACUUGGAAAUUAAUCUUUCACUGAUCUGUGAUUUAAUAAAGUUUUGAUUUAGUA